UAGAUCCUCCCAGACGCCCUACUCCUGACCUUUUGCCAGCAGGUCUCAUUAAAUUUAUAAAGAGACUUUGUAGGGAAACAGAAGGAGAAGAGAGAAGGACGAAAGGAGAUAAAGAGGAAUAAAUAACCACCAUCACGGUUUUCCUCCAUCAAUAUUUUUGUUUUUUUUGUGCACAGCAAAGAGAUGGCAACAGUGCACCCAGAGCAGAGAGCUCUUCCUUGGCUCUGCUUUGUCCUCCUGCUUGGCCUCCGCGUGUCCACUUCAGAGGCCUUUGACCUGACUAUACUCCACACCAACGACAUACAUGCCCGGGUGGAGGAGACCAAUGAGCGAUCAGGGAAAUGCAGCAGCAGCAGCAGCAGCGGAUGCUUUGCCGGGGUGGCCCGGAGAGCCACGAUGAUCAAGAGGAUCCGCAGCAAUGAGAGCAACGUCCUGCUGCUGGACGCUGGAGACCAGUUCCAGGGGACUAUCUGGUUCAACCACUACAAGGGAACCGCGGCUGCACAUUUCAUGAAUGAACUAAAAUAUGAUGCCAUGGCUUUGGGAAAUCACGAGUUUGAUAACAAAGUGGAAGGACUCUUGUCACCGUUCUUGGAGCAGAUCACGUUUCCAGUUCUCAGCGCCAACAUCAUAACAGAUGCAACUCUGGCCUCGACAUUUGGCAGGGCUUAUAUGCCUUUUAAGAUCUUUACUGUUGGCGGUGAGAGGGUAGGCGUGGUGGGAUACACAACAAAAGAAACUCCUGUAGUGUCCCAACCUGGACCACAUCUGAGGUUUAUGGACGAAGUGACUGCCCUGCAGUCGCAGGUGAAGGAUCUGCAGAGACAGGGAAUCAAUAAGAUAAUCGCUCUGGGUCACGCAGGUAUUGAUGUGGAUAAGGAGAUCGCGAAGAAGGUCAGCGGAGUCGACGUUGUCAUCGGUGGACACACCAACACUUUCCUCUAUACAGGUGACCCUCCUUCUACCGAAAAAGCUGCUGACGUUUAUCCGCUCAUUGUAGAAUCAGACGAUGGGCGGAGGGUUCCUGUUGUGCAUGCCUAUGCCUUUGGGAAAUAUCUGGGUAUUCUGAAGGUGACCUUUGACGAUGAUGGCAAUGUUUUGAAUUCCACAGGAAACCCCAUUCUGCUGGACAGCAGUGUCCCACAGGAUCCAGGAAUUCUUGCCGACGUGGAGGAAUGGAAAAAGUGUCUGGCCAACUUCACAACUCAGGUGGUGGGAAACACUCAGGUCUUUCUGAAUGGGACCGAAGAGGAGUGUCGAUUUGGGGAAUGCAACCUAGGAAACCUGAUCUGUGAUGCCAUGGUCGACAACAACAUCAGGUUCUCAGAUGGUAUUCAGUGGAACCAUGUCAGUGCCAGCAUUUUCAACGCAGGAGGCAUCCGCAACUCCAUUGACGAACUUUCCAAGAACGGUUCAAUCACCAGUGAGGAUGUGAUCACUGUCACACCUUUUGGAAAUACUGUUGACCUGGAGGAGCUGAAAGGUUCCACGCUGUUCAAAAUCUUCGAACACUCAGUGAAAGGAUACGGCCAGAACAGUGCACAGUUUCUCCAAGUAUCUGGAUUUCGUGUAGAGUUUGACCCCUCUAAACCUGAGGGAAAUCGUGUGACAAGCCUCACUACCCUCUGCACACGUUGUCGAGUUCCUCGCUAUGAACCUGUUCAGGCGGAGACGGUGUAUAAAGUGCUGAUGCCGUCCUUCAUAGCACAGGGUGGAGAUGGAUUCUCCAUGAUCCCAAACGAGAGGCUCAAUCACAACACUGGGAAUUUGGAUGUGUCAGUUGUGUCCGAAUACAUCAGGAAAAAGCAGAAAGUUUAUACGCCUGUUGAGGGACGCAUCAAGAUCCUCAAUUCAACUUCUGGGCAAACCACUUUACUCAACUCUACUUCUGGACAAACCACACCACCCAGCAACUCAGGUUUUGGACAAACAGCUCCAUUGGUCUUACUGGUAUCACUUGGGCUGCUGUGGUCUCUGUGUGGGAGCAUGUAAUGCUGACUUUACCCAGAAACAAAAUGACUCAAACUCUGUCUCUUCUAUCUGAGCACAUUGUCCACAAUCCUUCUCCAGUGCUCUCUUUAUUUGGGGCACUUUCUUCAAUCUCAUCUUUACUUUAUUUCCUUUGCUUUUAUGUCUGUUGACCUCCUUCAACUGUCUGUGGGUCUUUGUCAUUUUCUCUUCCCCUGUGGGUUCCAUGUUAGAGCCAGUCUGGUUACAGUGAUUUUGGGCUUCCAUAGGGUGCUUCUGAUCCAGCCCUACUUCCUUUUCCUCAUCUGGGUGUCUAGUCACUCUCGGUCUGCUUUCUACCACAGAUCGUCAUUUCUGAUGGUGUCUGGCCAAUGUGUCUUCAAGAUGGCACUUGUUGACAAAGGUCUGGACUUUUUUGGUUGAGGAUUUUGUUAUUUUCCAUGUUUCUGAACCAUAGAGCAGCACCUGUUUAACAUUGGUAAUGAAUAUCUGGAGUUUGGUGAGAUGGGUUAUAUUGUAACAUCAGCUGUUUUAGGAAAGUUAGGGAAAGGUGUUCUCGUCUUCUAGCUCUCCGUCUUCCAGUUGGCUGGGUUCUGUGGUUCUGGGUUCGGAGGUUCUGUGAGGCAGUCCAAAGGGAGUUUAGGUCCAGGCUGUCAAAGGACUUUCUGAGAUCCUAUGACUGUGAUGUAAAGUGAUGUCGUCCAGAAACGAGAAAGUACAUAAAAAGUUUUUGUUUUGUUUUUUAACACACAUUAACUUGAAGAACUAACAGGACUGAUGGAUGUAAUUCUACUGGGACUCAAAAUCUCAAUUCUCAAAAAUAUGAUGAUUAUACAUUCAAUUUAAGUAAAUGGGAAAUUCUUAUAUGUCCAGAAUCAUGAAAUAAAAUCACCCUUUAAACAAGAAAUUAAGGUCUUAGAUUUUAAAUUGACUAGUUCUUGUGUGUCUUUGGUGGCGGUUUGAAAAAUAUUGUUGCAUCAUACAGGUGUUAUGGAUUUAAAAUAAUUAUGGUUUAUGCCCUAUUAGCUUGUUUGGCUGGUAGGUUUGCUCACUAAUGUAAUUUACAAAAAUAAACUAUUGAAUUAUGUA